UGUAUCUAUGUGCGUGUAGUCCAAACACAAAGGUUGACGCGUUAGGUAGGAAAUUGCGACGUACGUGCAUAGCAGCGGCCAUCUGCAGACAGAGUUAUUAUCUACAUUUGUGAGUUAACAAUUGUCAGAAGAUUCAAGGUCCUUCACUUAUCAGCCGACAGCUUGAUAAAUCUGAAUAUUGAGACAACUAAACGACGCAAGCACAAAAGUGAUUUUAUAAAUGUGAACGCGUUUACACACAUACACAGGCAGUGUGUUUACAUAUAUAUGCAUUGUUUUUAAACGAAUUUGACAAAGAGGCCAACAGCCCAGACCGACCAGACAACGACGACGCAGCAUGGAUGAGGAGCAGAGCAAGAGCAGCAGCGGCAGCAGCAGCAGCAGCAUCAUGGACGAUCAGAGCAACAUCAGCAGCGGCAGCAGCGGCAGCAGCGACAGCAAUAAAAGUAACAGCAACAUAACCAAAGCACCGGAGCAGACGCUACCCAUUAGUACAUCGUCAUCGUGGACGAUCUUACCACCAGAUAGAGUCGAGGUACUUGAGCCAAGCAGCAGCAGCGAGGAGUUKGGGCAGCAAGCAAAGCCAGCGGAAGAGGCAAAGGAGGACGAGCAAAACAAUGCAGAAGGCACGCUCGUCGAGGAUGCAGACACCCAGGCCGAGGACGUCUCCGACGGCAUCUCGAUAAUCAGUGACUGCGAGAGCACUGGACGCAUUUCGCCGCAUCCCUUUCUGCGCGAGCAUCUCAACGAGCUGAGCUUCAAGUUCGAUGCGGGCCAUGAAGUGCCGCUGCUGGGCAAUAUGCCAGAUCUGAAUGCUGCCCAGGAGAUGCGUGAACGACGUCGCCGUGACCCACGCCCAGCCCUGCAGCUGAAUAAUGCAGCGCAGCCAGCAGCACAGCCAGCAGCAGCGUCGACAGCUGUGCAACGUCGCUAUCGUAUGCCGCCGCUGAUACAUAACGGAUUGACCGCCAUCUUCUAUGUGGGCACCACUUUGGCCGUGCUGGCACUUAUUGGCCGACUGCGUAAUCCCGAGUGGAAGUUGUUCAGCGGCAAUGAGGCCGUUCCGGAUCUGGAGCAGCGGCUGCUCGAUCUGGAGCUGCAGAAUAAUCUGAUGCGCGCCGAGAUUGAUAUCAUGUCCAAGCAGCUGCUAUAUCUUAGCUCCAUAGUUGGACAGGGUCACGGACCGGGCCAGGGUCAGGGACAGGGAAAGGGACAGGGAAAGGGUCAUGGACACGGUCAGGCCCAGGCUCAGCCGCGCAAGCCGAAAACAUUCAAGGCCUGGUCCGGCAACGGCGACUCUGUGGAUCCUGUGGACAUUACCAAGGCGGACCUGAAGCGCCCGUACAAGUGCCCCGAUGGCAACUAUGUGGAAAUCGCCGCCAUGUGCAUGGAAGCAAAACCGCAUGCCGAAUCUCUAGCCGAUGAGAUCGGUGAUGCGGUGAACGAUGUGCUGCGGCAAUCUCAAGCUUUUCACGACUUUGAAAAGGUCACCGAGCUGCUAGGCACACUCGCUGGCGAGGACGAAACGCCCACACCCACACCGAAUGUCGGUGCCAGCGAUUCAUCCAAAGCUUUCCAUGUGCAUGGCGACAAAAUGCGAGCACCGCCCCUCGAGACGAACAAGCAACGCUAUCCCAAUACAGAUGCAUCGAAGGAACGCUACAAGACCAAAUACAACAACAACGCAAAGUGGCAGGACUCCAAGGAGCACAAGCAUGAUUCCAAGGAGCACAAGUACAACUCAAAGGAACGCCGCUACCGCAAGCAUCUGGACAACUCCAAGGAGCAGCAGCACGGCAGAAGGCAGCGCCAUGAUGAUGACGAUGACAGCGCCAGCGGCGAGUGGCACGAGCGCAUGAUGCAACAUCGUGAGCACGCACGCCAGCGUCACGAGAAGAAGCGCAACAACAAUUGGUUCAUCGAGCGCGGCGGCGGUCGGGAGCAGAUCCGCUCCAGCGAGACGCGACGUUAAGGCAAGGCGGAGGAGUCAUGGGCAGAUGGGGGCAAGGGCAUAGGGCGAGGGCAGUCUGAAAAGUUGACAAUUUUUGGCUAGUGUGUCAAGUUUUCAGGACUGCCCUCUUAGAGUGGGUAUACGACAGGGUAUGGGGGUCUGUUCUGAUUGUUCGCAUAUUAUGAACCCAAAACUAUAAGUUUAAGUAAUUGGAUUUUUGUCUAGUUGUUGGUACUAUUACGACGUUAUAUAGAAUAUCUCGAUCUACAGACAUUAAAUGUACUAUGUGCUUAUAUAUAUGUGUGUAUAUGUAUAUUGUAUGUAUGUAUGUAUUUGUCUCUUAUCCUAUGACAAACCAUAAAUGCGCUAUUUGAUGUAAGAACCUUAAAUAUAAUGAAUAAUAACGAGACGAAACAGAAGCAGAGAAA